GAGCGGAAGGGGCGGAGCCUGGGCUGUGGCGCGCCUUCGCGGUUUGACAGUUUCGCGGUGGCGCUUUGCGGAAUGAUGCCGCCGCCGCCGCUUCAGCAGGAAGGAGGACGGAGGCGGCUCUGCUCCGGGCCGGUGCUGUGGCUGCUCCCGCUCUUCUUGGCGGGGCUUCCGGACCCGGUGGAGGGCGGGCAGGUCUCCAAAUGGCGGCUGCCGGUUCCCAUGGGAAAGAAAUAUUUUAACUUUGGAAAGAUUCUCUUCAGGAACACUACAAUUUUCCUAAAAUUUGAGGGCAACGAGUCUGCCUGUGAUCCUUCUCAAGGUUACAAUGUCACCUGGUACUUGAGAUAUUCUGAUUGCUACAAUGAGGUCUUCAACUUUGGGGAUGAACAGGCAGAUUCUUACUUUGGGAAUCCUUUAGAAGACCGCUUGGGUUGGUCAGGAUUUUACGCAAUGUCUUCACGCUACUUCCCCAACUGCAGUGAGUUGUUCAGACCACAGAAUUUCUACAAUGAAUUUGUUCAUCCAGAGCCACUUUCAGGUGGAAAACAAGAGGUCUCAAGAGAACGAAGAGAGAAUGGAACAUGCAAUAUUACUAUAACAGAACCUCCUCCUAUGAAUGCUGUCAUGAGAACCUGGCAGGAUGGACCAUAUAUCUUCAUUGUGCAGAUUGGCUUUUCACCCUCAAAGGAAACCAGUGUGGAAGCUAAAAGAAUAGCAAGUGGACAACCAAAAGUUGCGGCAUUCACUGAUCCCGAUAGGACACUUUUUACUAUGAUUGUGGAAGUGAAGGGCCCAUAUGAAUAUCUUUCUCUAGCAGAUUAUCCACUCAUGAUUUUUUUCAUGGUGAUGUGUAUUGUAUAUGUUUUGUUUGGAGUUCUGUGGCUGGCAUGGUCAGCCUGCUACUGGCGGGACCUCCUGAGGAUCCAGUUUUGGAUUGGCGCUGUGAUCUUACUGGGAAUGCUAGAGAAAGCUGUUUUCUAUGCAGAAUUUCAGAAUAUUCGCUAUACAGGAGAAUCUGUCCAGGGGGCACUGAUAUUGGCUGAGCUGCUUUCAGCACUGAAGCGGUCACUUGCUCGAACUCUUGUUAUUAUUGUGAGCCUGGGAUAUGGUAUAGUAAAACCUCGCCUUGGAGUCACUCUUCACAAAGUAGUUGUUGCUGGAGCCCUCUAUUUAUUAUUUUCUGGCAUGGAAGGUGUCCUCAGAGUCACCGGGUCUUUCCGUGGUGUUACAGCUUUGAUAGCUAACAUUGCGCUAUCUGUCAUUGACUCCUGUAUUAUUUACUGGAUAUUUAUUAGUUUGACUCAGACAAUGAAGUUGUUAAAACUUAGGAGGAACGUCGUGAAGCUUUCUCUCUACCGACACUUUACGAGCACUCUCAUCUUGGCAAUAGCAGCAUCUGUUAUUUUUAUCAUCUGGACAACUUUCAGGCUGGUAGACUGUCAAUCGGAUUGGCAGGAGGUGUGGGUCGAUGAUGCUGUCUGGCGGCUCUUGUUUUCAAUGAUACUUUUUGCCAUCAUGGUUCUUUGGAGGCCCUCGGCCAACAACCAGAGAUUUGCCUUUUCACCAUUGUCUGAAGAAGAUGAGGACGAUGAACAAAAGGAACCAAUGCUGAAAGAAAGCUUUGAAGGGAUGAAAAUGAGAAGUUCCAAACAAGAAUCAAAUGGAAAUCCAAAAACCAACAAAUCACAGGAAGAUGAUUUGAAAUGGGUAGAAGAGAAUGUCCCUUCUUCAGUGACUGAUGUUUCUCUUCCAGCGCUUCUGGAUUCAGAUGAGGAGAGAAUGAUCACACAUUUUGAAAGAUCUAAAAUGGAAUAAAGAAAAAAAAAGGGUUUGUAAGAGAAGACUUCCUGCUGUUGGAGAAAGGAACUUCUGUCUCCCAUGGAAUGUCCCAUGAUCUGAUAUGUUCCAUGAUCUUUGGAACUCUACGUUGUUCUCAGAAGAAGAACACUUUACUUGGAUCGCUGUGAAUGGAAUGUGACACAUGUUGAUUUGCAUCAUUGCUGCAAAAAUAGCUUCUAAAGCCAUUGAAAUGUCUUUUAUUGCAGCAUGUUAUUUUUUAAAAUAUUAAGUGAUACGAAAGCAUUUUACUACUGCCUUGAAGACCUGUGAAUCCAAUAUUACAGCCAAAUCCCAUGUUUUAACUGCACUGGGCAGAGAGAGAGAUUGAGAAAGAAACAAGUGAAAGAUUAUGAAUAAUUUUCCCUAAACCAGUAAGGGUGAUCCAUGCACAAAGGUGAAUGUCACCUUGUAGCUAGUCUCCAGGAAUUAAUGUACUUCACAUCAAGAUUCACAACAUCUGAGGUGUUCUCCACUUCCUAGUGUGAUUGGAGCUUUGUAAUUUAGUUUUGCACACAAUAGAGUAUUUAUGGCUUGCAGCUGUAUCCAGAGAUCUGUGGACUGGGGUCAGUGCCUUUCUUUUUUUUUUUCCACAGAUGCAGCAGUUACUGAAGGGAGAUUCUGGAAUAAUCUGGAUGGGGUGGGGGGGAAGUGCUUUAGAACAAGAGUCCUCAAACUAAGGUCCGGGGGCCAGAUAUGGCCCUCCAAGGUAAUUUACCUGGCCCUUGCUCAGGGUCAACCUAAGUCUGAAAUGACUUUGAAAGCACACAACAACAACAUCAAGAACAACAAUCCUAUCUCAAAAGCAGACCCACACUUCCCAUUGAAAUACUAAUAAGUUUAUAUUUUUUAAAAUUGUUCUUCAUUAUAAUUAUUGUAUUAUUUUAAAGUGGAUUUUUUUACACUACAAAUAAAAUAUGUGCAGUGUACAUAGGAAUUCAUUCAUGCUUUUUUCUAAUUAUAAUCCGGCCCUCCAACAGUUUGAGGGGCUAUGACCUGGCCCUCUGUUUAAAAGGUUUGAGGACCCCUGCUUUAGAAGAAGAGCUUUUGCUUAUGGAACUGAACUAAAUUAUGACUCCAUGAUGCUUUUAGCAAAAUCAAAUACAUUCCAGAAAAAAUGUCUAUUUUUUCAUACUUUGAACCAAUGAUUGUUUAACUUUUAGUGUUUACACAUCUAAUUGCUGGCAAUGGGAUGUGAGUAUGGUCAGUUCAUUAAAAUUAGUGCAAUGAAGGCUUUCAUAAGAAGUCUCUACUACCCAGCAGUUGUGUUUGACCAGUUGUGUUCAUCCUGUGCUUUCAGUAUAUUUCUUUUGGAAGCAUUUUUGAAAGACACAACCAUUUCAUUCAGAGAUUUGCUCUCUGAAUCAGGUCUAUACAAACUGAGACCCUCCAAACUAAAUCAGGCAGCUAGUCAUAUAUUAUGGCUAGCCAAAUACUUGACAACACUCAUUUUCAUUAUAGGUGGGCUGCCAAAUUUGGAAGGCUAUGAAGCCCCAGGUGGGUUGGAUUUGGCCACAAGUUGUGCUAGCCAUUUGUUAUGUAUGCAGACUGUGGAAAGUUACCUGGAAGAAGAAAGAAUAUAAUGAUAUGUUUAAGCCAGGUGGUGUCAAACUCAGUUUCUGCGAGGGCUAUCAAAGUACUGAUUGUAAUUGUAAGACUGUAUGAGUGUAACUUUGUUGCCCUGGCAUUGAAAACCUCAUGGGUCACGUAAAAUAACAUGGCAGGUCAGAUUCGGCCUGCGGGCCUUGAGUUUGACAUGUGUGGCUUAAGCCAUCUGUUGAAAAGUGAAGGAAUGCUGUUCUAGAUCGUAGAACAUCUGCUUUCCACCGCUUGUUUAUGGAUAGCUACAACAGAUUUUUACACUUCAGCAUGCUAUUAUACUAUGUUCAUUCUAAAAGUAACUCUCCUAAAGGUAUGUGUGUUUUACAUAUAAAUGAAUUUCCAGUGGUUCUCAGUCUCAGGGUCCCCAGAUGUUUUGACCUUCAACUCCCAGAAAUCCUAACUGCUGGUAAACUGGCUGGGAUUUCUGGGAGUUGUAGGCCAAAACACCUGGGCACCCACAGGUUGAGAACCACUGGCCCAAACCAAGUGUGUCCUUGCUCUCUGAGCAGGGUUGGUCCCAGCACCUGUAGCCUUAAGUAGGUGUUGAGUUUCCAUUGCUUUCACAGGGAUCACAGGCACCUGACCUUUUAACAUAACAUGUCCUGCUAUGGUCCCAGUAUAACAUUGCUGCAGGGUAGUAGGGAAUUUAAAAUAACAGAUCAUGACACAGCUGCUAGUGCAGCCAGAAAAAUCUAUGUUAAUGAGCCUACCUGAGAACUCUUUGAUAAGGUCCCCUUUGUAUCUAGAGAUGGCCCUGAAUAUGUAAGCCCAAUACGUCCUCAUCCGUCAAGGCUCUGAACAUCUCAAUAUACCUCUGUCUGCGGGUAUAUUUCCAAACGCUUUGAAAAUGAAUGGCAAGAGAAGGAAAGGGUUUUUUUUUUAAUGGGAGGCAUUUCUUUAAAAUUCUAGUGCCAAAUUUGGGCUGUAGGAAUGAAUUCAACACAUUCCUUCAGAGAUCCCGGAACUAGGUUUUCUCAAGAAAAUUUGAAGUCUGCGGUUCUCAGUUUUGUGUCUCAAUUUUGUUUCAGUUGUACUUAGUAUGGUAAUGGGUUUACCUGUAACAAAUCACUUGAUUAUUUGAUUCAAUUUAAGUUGCAGAUUUUUGUUCUGUAUCGUAAUAAAAUCUUUGGCAGUGAA